AUGACUUCGGAGAGGAAGCGCAAGAACCCUCCUCGCGGCGCCGCCAGCAGGGUCGAGCAUGUCGCCAAGAAGCGCACCUCGACGCCGCCUGAGAGGUCCUUGACGCCCGCUCCAGCGCCGACGCCCACACCCGCCCCCGAACCCGUCGUCGAGGAGCCCCAAUUGCCCAAGUCGGUACAGCCUGGAAACCCCUUGCCUACCGUCGAGAACGCCCAACCGGACGACUUGUCCAGCAAGGAAUACCAGUCCAUUCAAGAGAGUGGAGUUCUCGUCGAGUCCCUCACCCGGUCGCGGCAGAAAUGGAUCAACGAAGGCAUAUUCGAGAAGUACUGGACGAAGCCCGUCAAGCGAAAGGGUGUGGUCAAGGAGGAGCCCAACAACCCCCCAAAGGACAGCAUGCAGAAGAUUGGCAGCAUAAUCAUCAGCAUUGAGCCGCAUGUGCUGGAGGCCACCAUGUUUGGCGUCAAGGACAACUCCAAACCUCCUGUGCCCACCACAAACUCGGCCUUCCGCCCCGUCAUGCAGUAUGGCCCUCCGAACGGCGUCAUGCCCCCUCCCCCGAAGCCACCCACACCUGUUCCCACCACGCCCUCGACGCCCUCGGCCGUGCCCGCAUCACCCUCCCAGGCUCCACCACAACCGACCGUACCGGCAUCACCUUCCCAGCGAGCUCCUUCACAGCCGCCGACCCAGGCUGGUGCGUCUGCGCCCGCCCCGGUGCUGGCCCGACCACCAACUCCAUCACAACCCCAGCCGAUGGCUCAGAUGCAGCAGCCUGAACCGCAGAGGGCAACGCCGGCAACCACUGCUCCAAGUCCCAGCCAUCUGCCGGUGGUUUCUGCCUACGCAGCGCCACCAGGAUCGGUACUGGCACCUCCAGGAGCGCCGCAGCCCCCACCUGCACUGCAGCCGCCGAUGAGGUCACCUGCUCCCCAUGGAGUGCCAACACAGCCUUUGGCUUCUCCGAUUAGUGCGCCAGCUCAACCUGGCGUAGCACGGCCACCACAGGCUCCGAGCGCCAGUCCGACGACGGGAGGUCCGUUGGCUGCCCCUGGACCUCCGAAACCAGCAACGCCGAGUUCGAAACCUGCAGCGCCAGCACCUUCGGGUGCCGACCCUAUCAUUGUCACAUUGGCCGAAAAGGCAUCGGAGGAUCCCCAUCUACGAGAUCUGAUGAAGCGUGUAGCUGUGGGCGAUGCAGCGCCGCAUGAACUAUCGCACUUCCAGAAGAUCAUCGAUCAGAUCACUGCCGAGUACAGAAAGAAGGGAGGUCAACAAGGCCCAUCCGCUGACAGACUUCUUGUCGACGGACGCACCGUCAAGUAUUUUGCCGACGAAGUGCGAGCUAUUUUGGACAUUGUGCUGUCCUCGAACCCAAACCAGAAAGGUUCGGAUCUGAGGCAGCCACCUGGUUCUGAUGCGCUGGUCAUCUUGCUGGUCAAGCGAGCAUUGGAUGACCACACAACAAGGAACAUGGUACGCCGAGUUGCCGAGAACAAAACCAAGUUCUCCGAUGCCACGGACUUGAAGGGCAUCCUGGACAAACUGAAAGAUCAGCUGCCCAAGCCAGGUUCUAAGACUCCUCAAACGCCUUUAUCCAACCCAGGCCAGGGCCAAGUCAAUGGAGCGGUCGCGAGAAAACCUUCGAUUUCCCAAUCGCCCGUGGCCACACCGACUUCCCAGCAAGCCUUGCGCUCCAAGGGGCCCCCACCCAGUUUCAAGACUGAGUACUCUGCUAUUGUGCUCGAGUUCUCGGGCGGAACAGGCGACAGAUAUCUGUUCCCGAAAUACAGUAUCCUGGAGUACCAGCCGGGCGCUUCUCAGGUUCUCGUAUCAUUUCUUAUCGUCAGGAAGGGGAGUAAGUCGGAGUACGGCGGCGAUCCCGCCUUGGACUACUAUCAGCCCAUGACGAUUCGAAUCACUUCGCCGUCAGGCAAGUACCUGGAGCAGCUGGCCCGAGUGGUUGCUCCCCAGGACGAGGUGAGACGCUACAUGGACGAUGUCAUGGACAAUAUGACGCGAGCUGAGUAUAUCCUACUGGCCAUGCGUCUGCCGCGGCCAGACAAGGAGGACCAAACAGAAGAUCGCGUCGGAACACCGAAGGUCGAUGGGCAGCAGCAGCCCCAACCUCAGCCUCAACCUCAACAAGGCGUGUUGUGGACUACCAAGGCUGCUCCUGCAAAACUGCCAUCACUUCAGCCGGGCGGCAAAGUACUUGGCGAGGAUGAGCAGUACCAGAAUUUUAUCGCCACCGUUAGCUAG